AAACGUUCCUUUCUGCUUGUUUCCUUCCAGACUUAGUUUUUCGUUACACUAUAAAAAAAUUCAAUAAUUUUAGACCUCUGCACCUCGCUUCAUGAUGUACUGUUGUAUGUUAAGGUCUUUCCAUAUAAAAGGGAAUAAACUCAUACAACUCACUAGAGCAUCAUUCUCUGAAAAUCCACAGUCAUGGGCCACACCAUCCAAGCUUUCCAGCUACUCUGCAUACCACUGCACACAUUCACCUGUUUCAGGCAGUCUAUGGCGACCCUUGACACAUAGGACACAUCGGCCAACAGCAUCUUCCCGCUGUAUGAGCUCCUCUGUGCGCAGGAGACGCCUGCCAAGUGCCUUUCCAGUUAUAGAUGGAGAACUUCAUCCAGCUCACAGACAUGUGUAUGAAGCCAAUCUAAGGAACAGCCUAAUCUGCCAGCAAAAAUACCUUGUUCACAAGGAAAAAGUAAUGAAGGGAGGUGGUGAAAAUGCGAUAGCACGCCAUACGCAGAGAAAUCGAAAGGUCCUCGUACGAGAAAGACUCCGCAAGCUGCUGGAUGAUGAAGAUUAUUUAGAACUGUCUCCUUUUGCUGGACUUGGUUUGUCCUAUGGAGACAUCCCAUCAGCAGGCUGUCUCACAGGAAUUGGUAAAAUUAAUGGACUUUGGUGCAUGUUUGUUGCUAAUGACGCCACUGUGAAAGGAGGUACGGCGUAUCCUAUCACUGUUAAAAAGCAGCUCAGGGCGCAAGGUGUGGCCAUGCAGAAUCGUUUGCCCUGUGUUUACUUGGUGGACAGUGGUGGCGCAUUUCUGCCUCUUCAGUCAGAGAUCUUUCCUGAUAGAAACCAUGGAGGACGUACCUUUUACAAUCAAGCAGUUAUGUCAGCAAUGAAGAUUCCUCAGGUGGCAGUAGUGUGUGGGUCAUGCACAGCUGGUGGUGCUUAUGUCCCCACUAUGUCUGAAGAGGCGGUGAUUGUCCACAGGAUAGGAACAAUAUUUCUGGGGGGUCCACCGCUGGUGAAAGCUGCAACCGGAGAGGAGGUUUCCCCAGAGGACCUGGGAGGAGCCAGGCUGCACUCAGAAGUGAGUGGCUGUGUAGACCAUUUUGCAGCAGUAGAGGAUGAGGCAUAUGAGUAUACCAGAAACAUCAUCUCCACACUAAAUUAUGAGCUCCCAGAGGAGGACAGCGCUCAGGCUGAGGAGCCCCUGUACAACGUGGACGAUCUCAUGGGCCUCGCACCCCGCUGCUACAAUCACAGCAUGGACAUCAGACUGAUUGUGAGUCGACUAACCGAUGGUAGUCGGUUUCAGGAGUUCAAGGCCCGUUACGGCACCACCCUCCUCACUGGGUUUGCCAGAAUUGAAGGUCAUCAGAUUGGAAUUGUGGCAAAUAAUGGAGAGCUGACAUACGAAGCUUCCCUGAAAGGCAGUCAUUUUGUUCAGCUGUGUGAACAGAGAGACAUUCCUCUCAUCUUCCUGCAAAACACGGCACCUGAACCUGCACACACAGUCUCACAAACCAAGGCAGAGUCCAACACUAACAGACUGAAGGCUCAGGGUUCCAUGAUGUCUGCUGUGGCUUGUGCUUCUGUACCCAAAAUUACUGUGGUGAUUGGAGGAUGUCACGGAGGUGACAGCUAUGCUAUGUGCGGAAGAGCUUUUGACCCUAAUUUUCUGUUCCUGUGGCCAAAUGCAAGAGUGUCGAUGUUGGCCCCAGGCCACUCAGAUGCAUUUGUGCAGACUGAAGAGGAAAUCACACAGAUUAAUGACAUGUUGGAGGAAGAGAGUUCAGCAUUCUUUUCCACUGGCAGACUGUGGGAUGAUGGUGUUAUUCUACCUCAGGACACCAGAAAGAUUUUGAGCAAGUGUCUGAAAAUCAUUAAGCAACAAGAGUAUCAAUUGUCCAGAGAGAGAAAGAGGACUCCUUUACUCCGACUAUAACACUACUUCUGCCGAAACCUCAGUGAACUUGGAUAAGAUAAGAUAAGAUAUAAACACAUCUUUAUUUUAAUGACACUUUGCCUGUAAUCAGCAGCGGUGCCUUAUUAUCCUGUUUUUCUGACGAAAAUUUAUGAUGUAACAUAAAUUUGUACAUACAGAAUUUUACUUGUGAAUAAAUCAUUCUUCAUAUAUGCUAAAGUAGAAAAUUUAUUUUUGAAAAAAAAAAAAAAAAAAAAAAAAAAAGUCUCUCUUACUGUACACUGUAACAUUAUAAGCAUAUAAGGCAUAUAACUGGCCCUUUUAAAGAAGAAGUUCACUUCCAGAACAGACAUUUACAGAUAAUGUACUCACCCCCUUGUCAUCCAAGAUGGUCACAUCUUUCUUUCUUCACUUGUAAAGAAAUUAGUUUUUUUGAGGAGAACAUUUCAGGAUUUCUCUCCAUAUAGUGGACUUCUAUGGUGCCCCCAAGUUUGAACUUCCAAAAUGUAGCUUCAAAGGGCUCUAAACAAUCCUAGCCGAGGAAGAAGGGUCUUAUCUAGUGAAACAACUGGUUCUUUUCCUUAAAAAAAAAAAAAAAAAAAAAAAAGUCAAAA